AUGGACUUAAAAAACUUUAAAAUCACAAUGGAUGUUCAGUGUCGUCUGUGUGGUUUAUAUAUACGCCACAAGAAUCCAAGGAUUAUAUUCAACCGGGGCGUUCUCGCCAAGGUAAAAGCUGUUACUGGACUAUCGUUACGAGAGGAGGAGCACCUACCGCGUCACAUUUGCCCCUCUUGUCUAAAAGAGUUGAAUAUGACCAUUACGUUAAGGAAACGCAUUCGCCAGAACCACAAGAAGCUGAUGCUGAGAAAGAUGACAAAUACGGAUUCGGAAGAAGCUUCCUUAUGCGACCUGGAAUUAUCAAAAAAUAUAGAACACAUACUCGAAGCAAAUGCAAGUGAUCAGGAAACCGAAGCGUUUUAUACCAAACUAGAUAUCGAUAAUAUAAAAACUUCAAGUGAUUUCAGAGAUCUAAAACUAUUUAACAUGAAAAAAACAGAGUCUCCUGAUCGCUUCUACAAACUCAAAUAUGAGUCAAAUGGGAGUGAUCAAAAAUCAGAGAACUACAUGGGUACUAUUUUAAAAAAUAACAAUCUAAAAUGGAAACCAUCCCACUUGAACAAACCAGGAUCUCCAGAUUUUGAUUAUCUCUGUAAACUUAAACUUCGGGCAAAUGAGAGUGAUCAAGAAACAGAGUACAACGAAUGGUUCAAUGAGAACAAUCAUUAUUACCAAAAUAUUGUCCAUUCAGAAGUUGGCUUAAAAAAUGCUAACAGCAAAGAAAAUGAGGUAUCUAGUUUUCAUCUGAUUCCAGACACAAAAGUUAAGUUCAGGAAACGCAUUCGACGGAACCAGAAGGAUCAAAUGCUGAGAAAGAGAACUGCAAGUGACCCAGAUCUGGGAACUCACUUGAAAAAUACUAAUUCGAAUGCAGAUUCCUCCUGCGACCUGGAAUUAUCAACUAUUUUAGAAAACAUUUCAGAAUCAAAUGCAAGUGAUGAGGAAUUAGAAAAGUUUUAUAUGAAACCAAAACUUGACAAUACAAGAGAUUUUAAACUUUUUGACAUAAAUAAAUUAAAGUCUCCUGAUUUUGACCAUCUCUAUAAAAUUAAAAAUCAGGAAAAUGAUAGUGAUGCAAAAUCAGAGCACUACGAGAAUAAACUAGAAAGACAGGAAUUUGAUACUAUUUUAAAUGUCGACAAUCUAACAUGGAAACCAUCUUACUUGAACAAUGCAGAAUCUUUAGAUUUUGACCAUCUCUGCAAACUGAAAUAUCGGGAAAAUGAGAGUGAUCAAGAACCAGAGGUCAACGAAGAAUGGUUUAAUGAGAAUAAUCGCCUAAAAUAUGCAAACUGUAAAAGAAUUGAGGUAUCGAAUUGUUUUCUAAAUCUAGACCUAAAUCGUACAGCUUUAGAUUUUAAAAGCUUAAAAGUACCACAAAAAGGAAGCCAUAGUGAAGUGUUGCUCUCGGCAAAAAAAUGUAACGUAUCCAAAUAUCCUUAUCAAAAUAACAAGGCAUUUGAGAAUGAUCAAGAAUUUGAGGACUAUAAGCAAUUACCAACUAGAGAAUCACCCACUUCAACCAGAUUUCCACAAAACCAUAAAAAACCUCUAAUUGAGACUUCUUUGUUAGCAAAAGGAAACGCAAUUCCCAACGGUCAAUUGAGAGUCUCAAAAGGAGAGUUUAUAAACAUUAAAACUCAGCUGUGCCUGAAUAAAACAGAAGUGGUCAUAAAGACGGUAAAGCCUUCGGAGGCAGCUGAGAACAUUCCACCCGCCAAAAGGAUUGGGACCCGAAAAACUCAAUCUCUGCAGUGCACAAAGUGUGGAAAGCUCUUUAAGACCAACUACAACCUAAAGAUGCAUCUUUUGCGCCACACUGGCCAGAGGGAUUUCGCCUGCAAUUUCUGCGACAGGCGGUUCGUGUCCAUACACCUGCAGAAACUGCAUCAGCGAGUUCGACACAUGGGCGAACGGCCGUUUAAGUGCAGUUUCUGCCAGGAUACGUUUUUUACCAGCACGGCUAAGAACCGGCACGAACAAAUGAAACACAUUAGAGACCGAAGAUACAUUUGCGAUGAGUGCGGUAAACAAUUCCGUACUAAGACCUGCUUGAACCACCACAAGAUUCUGCACACCGACAUGAAUGCUUUCUAUUGUGAUAUAUGCAAUGUUAACUUUUCUCGAAAGAAAAAUAUGAAGAGGCAUUUCCAAUCGCAGGCCCAUCAGAAAAGAGCAACCGCCAUUCUGGACAAUGAGCAGUGCUUGGACCUUCAAGAAGUACAAUUCGCAGUAAAUUCAAUAUUAUCAGAUAAGCAGGAAUUUUUCAAUUAAGAUUUUUUGCAGCAGAAAAAAUGUAUUUUGUUUAUACAUAAUGUGUAUAAGGUUUAGAAAUACUUUAAUAGUCCUUAUAUGUUUUAUGUUUUGGCACUGGAUUGCCCUUCCUUGUUUUACUACUACCUCUGUAACUUUUCCAAAAAUUCAUUUGCUUAAUUUUUCUGUAUAUAAUUUUUGCUUUGGCAUUGAAUAACCUUUCAUAUUUAAUUUAUAAUCAUUAACAACAUUUAGUAUACAAGUUAAUUCUACUCAUUUUACAAUUGAAAAAUUGGAAAUGGAAUAGGUUAUUUUGCAACAGAAGUAAAAUUAUUAUUUAUAAAGACAAUCAUAUUUAUAUUUAUCCCAUAAAUAUAUCUUCCGUAACAAG